AUGGAAGUGAAGGGAGUUCGAGUAGAGGAAUUAUAUUCUCUAGACUUGCAAUGCCUAAAUGAUCUUCUUCCCAUUUAUGGCCUAAUCUUCCUCUCCAAGUUGAGAUUAGCAGAGAAUGACGAAAGACCUGUAUUGGAUCUCCAACAAUGUAGUCCCAAUCUCUUCUUUGCAAACCAGGAGCUCAACAAUGGGUGUGCAACUCAGGCCAUUAUUUCCAUUCUCAUGAAUUGCCCAUCUGUGGAAAUUGGCCCACAGCUCUCAAAUUUAAAGCACUGCAGUAGAGAUUUUCCACCUCUUCUCAAAGCUCUUUCUAUCACCAAUAACGAUGCCAUUCGGAAUGCCCACAACAGAUUUGCUAAAGAAGAGACUGAAUCAUCUAUGUCUCAAGAUGGUGUAUAUACUUUCAUUAACUAUGUAGCAGUUAAUAACAGGAUAUAUGAAUUAGAUGGGUUGAAGGAAGGGCCCAUUUGUCUUGGAGGGUUUGAUGGAGCUUCAGAUAGCUUGGAUUGGUUGAAUGUUGUUCGGCCAAUACUUGAAGAAAGAGUGGAGAAAUAUAUGGAAAGAGGAAUAGAUUUUAGUGUGUUGGGUGUCGUAAAAGAUUGGAAAGAAGAGUAUGGUGCACGUUUGGAGUAUCUUGAGAGGAGGAAAGAACAGGUUGUGAAUGAAUUGAGAGGGAAGAUGGAAAUAGGAAGCCUCGUAAGGAUUUUGACAGAAACAAAUUCUGAGAUUGAAAGUGUCAAGCAGAAGAUGUCCAUGGAAGAUGAGAAGAGGAAAAGGUGGAGGAGGGAGAAUGAAAUUAGGAAGCAUAACUAUGCACCAUUUUUGUUCAAUUUUGUUAAGGUUUUGUCUGACAAAGGUAAACUCAAUGGUUUGAUUAAUGAAGCCAAGUCCGGGCAAAAGAAAUGA